AUUUGAUUUAUAUGUGAUUGGAUUUUUUGAUGUGUAGGUAAUGGCAGAGAAGCUAAUUCAAGAAGGCAAUGUGGUAAUGACUUGAAGGUAAUAAUUAAACAUCACACCUCCAAUUUUGAGAAUGUUUUAUUACUUUCAAUUAGACUCUUCUUGCCAAUUUAGUUGAGUUUUCGAGAUUAAUCGGAGAAAAGCUCGAUUCAUUGAAACGUAGCAAUCCAAGAUGCACAUAGUUUUAUGUGAUGCAUUUUCCUCGAGUCAAUUAGUGAAAAAAUCGUUAAGUAAUUUGAUAAGUGGUGGAGCCAGAAUUUUGUCAUUAUGAAAUUAUCUAAGGGCCCCACAAACAAGUCUUUUUUUAAAAGCGAUAGGGGUCACGGCCCCCUUUGGCCCUAUGCUGAAUUAACCAUCGUGAUUAAUUUUUUUUCUUGUUUCAAUUGUAGGAUUUACCUCUCCGAAAAGUUUCUUCACGUAAUUCCAUGAGCGAACCGUCUUCUACGAGCGGUAGGCACAGUGGAGAUCAUAGAGACGGUUUUCUCUUACCGGAAUUCGACGAGCUUCUAAAGGAAUGCAUCACGACCGUCAAAACCGACGACGUUUCUCAAAGUAAUAAAACCGGCGACCACGAAAUCGACAUCAAUAAACUAAGUAAAAAAAUUGAGAUUCUCGAAGAACGCGAGAGGAAACUCGAGAUCCAAUUGCUCGAGUACUACGGCAUCAAAGAGCAAGAAAGUGCCGUUUUCGAGCUCCAAAAUCGGCUAAGGCUAAACAACAUGGAGGCCAAGAUCUACAGCCUCAAGAUCGAGUCUCUGCUUUCGGACAAUCGGAGGCUCGAGAUGAAAGUGGCCGACUACGCGCAAGUUGUGAACGAGCUCGAAAUUGCGAAAUCCAAGAUUAAGAUGCUGAGGAAGAAACUCAAAUCGGAAGGAGAGCAAAAUCGAGAGCAGAUCUUGAGCCUACAAGAUCGAGUGAUGAAACUGCAGGAUCAAGAAAAGAAGGCGGCUGACUUCGAUAGAGAAGUCGAAAUGCAGUUGAAGGAAAUGAACGAGUUGAAGGCGGAGUUGGACGAAAUGAAGAAGUCGAAUGGAGGGCUUAAGCUCGAAAACUCCGAUUUGGCGCAGAAAUUGGAGUACGUGAAAAUGCUCGCGGCUUCUGCUUUAGACAACGAAGAGAUGGUAGAACUCAAAGAAGAGAGCCGCCGUUUGAAGCAACAAAAUGAAGAUCUAACGAAAGAAAUCGAGCGUCUCCAAUCGAAUCGAUCCACCGAAGUGGAGGAGAUAGUCUAUCUCCGGUGGAUCAACGCUUGCCUCCGACACGAGCUGAAGAAUCACCACCCCGGCGCGCCGCCCAAAGCCGCCCCCCCCAAGGACCUCAGCAAAACCCUAAGCCCUAAAUCGGAGGAGAAAUUGCACAAAGAAGCCGCCGCCGCCGCCGCGGGUUUCGAUUCCGACCGGUGCUCCUCUUCGCAGGCCUCGUGCCUAACCGAUUCCGGCGACGUCGAAGAUCCGUGCGCCGAAACCGAUCCGACGGUCGAGAAACCCCGCCCUAGCAAAUCCAAAGUGUUCGCCAAAUUGAGGAGGCUGCUCCGGGGGAAAGGCAUCAUCGGCCCCCGCCGGGAUCGGGGGCCGAGCACCCCCCUGGAGAGGGCGGCGUCGGUGGACAAUUUCUCCGCGAUAUAUUCCUCCGAUUUCAAUGUCGGGAGCGAGACGCUGAGGAAUUCUUCCAACGGAUCGUCGUCUUCGAGGCGGUCGUUCGAUGUACAGAGAUCUUACAAGAGCAGCAACUGCUCUACGAGGAUGAGCGACGACGGAUCGUCGAGCGUGCUCAGGCGGAUCGACUCACUGACGGAGGACGAACACCGCGAUUGGUCGCCCGGUGUGCGGCCGGAUCUUCUCCUGAGGGAUGAUCAGGAUGCGAAGAAUGAAUUGAUGAAAUACGCCGAAUCGUUUAGGGAGAGAUCGGCUUUGUAUGGAUCUCGUUGAUGUAUCUUUUUUCGUGCGUGUGUGUGUGUGUUUGUGUGUGUGUUCUUCACGAACUGUACAUAUGUGGCAGAGAUUUGGAACUGUAGAGAGUGUACAUAAGAAAAGAAAUAUUGUUUGAAUACAUUUUCGAGUUAUAUGAGAAUUAU